AUGGGCUUACCACACCAUUUAAAUUAUAGUAAAAACAUAGUGCACAUAAGAUACAGGUUGGGUUGGGAUAUGGCCCCUGGAGUCCCUGAGACCAAAUACUGCAACGUAACAUUCCGAUACUAUACCCCUCAUGAUUCAGUGUUAAAAAAACAAAUUUUACCUCACUCUGGAGUUCAGCAUAUUGAGGAGAGAAUUGAAAGGGAUAUUAAUGAUUCCAUUCACAAAAUAGAGAAGGAGGAUGUUGUAUCUCUAGUUAUUCCUAGGAAGGAGAACUGGGAUCUUAAAAGGGAUUUGACUAGGAAAUUAUCGCAAUUAUCAUAUCACACGGACAAUGCAAUACUUAAACUCAUUAGAAAGGGUAUUGCCGAUAGUAGUGUGGCAAUGGGCACAUAUACUUUAGGAGGGAAGGAGGCAGACGCCACGGGUGUGUCCGGCCAGGAGCUCCUUGAUGAGGCGGCCAGGAUGGCUGAAUUUGAUGCAGAUUUUGAUUGA